GUAUAUCUCCCGGUUCUGCUGAAAUGAAGACGGGUAGUUUGGGGGGUUUGUUCCCUGCGGAGAGCCGUGAUUCACCGGAGUAAUUUGUAAUUUGAGGGGGGCGGGGUUUCCAAACUCUUAUCGGCCCCCAACUUUGUGAUUGACAGUCGUGGAUUGCUCCUCCCAAAACUUUUUUUCCCUUCGUUUUUUCACAGAGCCUUGCGUUGAUUCCAUACUUUACAUUCCAGCUUUACUGUCAAACCCAGAGACGUAUUUAUUGAAAAUAAAAACACAAGGCAAAAUAAAGAACGAAAUAAACGCCCGUGACUCGUAAAGUCCCAUCUGCCGCUGGAUUUAGACAGACACGGUGUCCUGAAGCCCGUGCUCUCUGUCUGGCCCAGGAGGAGCCGCCACCAUUGCGUCGAACGAGUGGAGCGCGAACGGCAGCCCAGAGGAGGGGCGGGACGAUGGGGCCGAGGGGCUGGACAAGUCCAUGGAGGGGGACGCCGAGGGGGUCUGGAGCCCCGACAUUGAGCAGAGCUUCCAGGAGGCGCUGGCCAUCUACCCGCCCUGCGGCCGACGCAAGAUCAUCCUGUCCGACGAGGGCAAGAUGUACGGUCGCAAUGAGUUGAUAGCGAGAUAUAUCAAGUUACGGACAGGGAAAACCCGCACAAGAAAACAGGUCUCUAGUCACAUACAGGUGCUCGCGCGGAAGAAAGUCCGGGAGUACCAGGCUGGAAUCAAGGUUUCUAGCCAUUUGCAGGUUCUUGCCAGGAGAAAAUCUCGCGAGAUUCAGUCAAAGCUGAAGGCAAUGAACUUGGAUCAGGCUUCGAAAGACAAGGCCCUGCAGAACAUGGCUGCUAUGUCGUCGGCACAGAUCGUGUCUGCGAGCGUGAUGCAGAACAAACUGGGGCUCCCCCCUCUACCCCAGCCCCCCUACCCUCCGCCGGCCAGGCAGUUUUGGACGGGGCCAAUCCCAGGCCAGCCCGGCCCUUCUCAGGACAUCAAACCGUUUGCACAGCCAGGCUACUCCCUUCAGGGCCCAGUCCCCCCUCCUAUAUCUGUAGGUUACGAGCCCAUGGCUACACCCCUGCCCCCCGCAGCCACGGCAGUCCCAGUGUGGCAGGACCGCACCAUCGCCUCCACGAAACUACGUAUGCUGGAGUACUCGGCCUUCAUGGAGGUGCAGCGAGACCCCGACACGUACAGUAAGCACCUGUUUGUGCACAUCGGCCAGACGAACACAUCCUACAGUGACCCGCUGCUGGAGGCCGUGGACAUCCGGCAGAUCUACGACAAGUUCCCAGAGAAGAAGGGGGGUCUCAAGGAGCUAUACGAGAAGGGCCCGCAGAACGCUUUCUUCCUUGUCAAGUUCUGGGCGGAUUUGAACAGCAGCAUGCAGGAUGGGCCCGGAUCCUUCUACGGGGUCAGCAGUCAGUACAGCAGCGCCGACAACAUGACCAUCACCGUCUCCACCAAAGUGUGCUCCUUCGGCAAGCAGGUCGUGGAGAAGGUGGAGACAGAGUAUGCUCGAAUGGAAGGAGGACGCUUUGUGUACAGAAUCCACCGCUCUCCCAUGUGUGAAUACAUGAUCAACUUCAUCCACAAGCUGAAGCACCUCCCCGAGAAGUACAUGAUGAACAGCGUGCUGGAGAACUUCACCAUUUUACAGGUCGUUACAAACAGGGACAGUCAGGAGACCCUGCUGUGUAUAGCCUUCGUGUUCGAGGUGUCCACGAGCGAACACGGGGCGCAGUACCACGUCUACAGGCUCGUCAAGGACUAGGGGUCCUGCGGCGGAGCUGGCCACCACGCUGCCUAAAAAAAAAAGAUUUGUAAAACCAAAACAAAAAAACUAUUUUAUAGCACAGUGGGUAUUUUGUACUUCAGUAUCAGUUUUGUAAAAUAGGAAAUGUAUGAAGUUUAAAAAAAAAAAAGAACUAUGCACUGUUUUGUAUAAGGGCAAAUCUUUUUUUUUUCUUUUUUUGUAUUUAAACCAGUUGCAUCAGUAAUGUUCCUUAAAAAUAUUUUUUUUUCAGGGAUGAUGUUAAUAUUAGUUUCUGUGUUGAGGGAAAAUAAGAAGGUACAGAGGAAUAAUGUGUGAGAAAAGACAAAGAGAAAAGUGACUCAAAGCUCUGGUUUAUCUGCAGCAGCCGUACCUCUCCAAUCAGGCAAAAUGAGAAGACAGCUUUCUUUUAAAGAGUCAGGUGAAGGACCACACAGGGGCAGAUACAAAUCUGACUUGCUUUUCCCUUCAGUUUGAAAUUGAAACUCGGUGAUGUCCCAUGAGGUUUACUAGAAGUAAACCUUUGCAUUAGCUUUUAUAUUGAAGAAUGCUGGUAGCCUUAAUUAGGCUUUCUUUUAAAAUAUUGACAUGGGGCGUCUCUGCCCGUCUGCCCCAGCUCUGUCUUCACCAGGGGCUCCAUAUGCUUUGGCUGUGGAGAUCUUUCAUUUCAUAUACAUACAGAUAACGCACUCCUCCUGCAAACAUUUCAGUAAAAAGAAAACCAGCUGUGCUGACAGCACUGGGACGAUGUGCAGAUGGGUCUGUUUUAAGCAUGAGAAACCCAAAAGGAUUCUGGUCUUGAGCACAGGCGCACAGAGCCUGCUUGAAUGGUUCUGUAUCAAGUGGAAAAGACAUUUGUGAUGCAAACGAAGGGAUAUCGCUGACUAAACGGGGCUCUGCAGUGGGCUAGCCCAUGUCUCGCGCCCCUUCUUCAUUUCCCUAGGCUGUACUGACCUCUAGUGGAAUGCCCUUGGCACUGAAAAAGAGACACAGCACACUGGUCUUUACUAAUGUAUUUCUGUUUUGUGUUUUGUUUUCUUUUCAAAUAUCUAAUGUGAAGUUUCCAGUGUAUGUUUGUGCCACAUUGUCGACACAGUGACUGUCAGGCACCCAGGUCAGUUAGUCCUGCACCCCGUUGGUCAGUGUAUUACGAAAUCCUCUUUCUUUCACCGGCUUGCUUCUCUGCACAGUGUUUCAGAACGCAUGUGGAACCCCCACAAAGAACACUAGAGUAGCUACAUACCAGGAAGUGGGGCUCUCGAAUCUAGAACUGUGACCUUUUAAUCUCUAAACUCAACUUUGAGGUUUUGGAUUUAAUUUUGUAUGAUAUUUUUUUUUUUUUUUUUUUAGUCUAAAACAUUUAACUACAGGAGCUGUCUUUUUAAAAUGGCAUCAUCUUCUGCUUGCUUUUUGAACAUUUUGUGAAAAAAAAUUCCUACCACAUCUUGAAAGAGGGUACAGUGCCUUUUAUAACCAGUGCAGCUGAAACGUGUUAAACAAACUGUCUUUACCCAAAGAGAACGGUUGCUUUAGGAGAGGCUGCGGAGUGAAGGGAGGGGAUGUGUAACAUGGGAAGUCUGGGGGACUCUGUGUAUGUUUUCUGUGCCGUGAUAUCAGAGCUGUAAGUCCGAGCAGCACAGAUCCUGUUGUGUGUCGUAGAUCUGCCACGAGGGGGGUGUGAGCGCCAAAGAAGCGUCAUCUGACUGUUGGGGAUUUUUGGUGAGGGGGUAAAUACCUGAAUUAUUUGGAUGAUUAUGUUUAAAUAUAUUCUAGUAAGGAUAAAAUGCUAACUUUUUUAGUUCCUUUUUUUUUUUUAACCAACAUUUAGAGAUUUUGAAAACUGAUUGUGAACGUGGUUAAAUUCUCCGAGUGCUUUUGGGUAAAUGUCUGGAUUGCUUUUGUGCCACUCUGUAUUAUUAAUUCUUUUCAAACAAACACAAAAGCAGGUAGGGAUAGAUACUUGCUGAAACUUCAUUCAGCAUCACUUUUAUAUCUUGCAUAAACACAGUUGAAGCAGGUUUGUCAAAUGUGUAUCUUGGUUUAAGAAAGAUAUUGCCAAACUGAGUUUAUUGUACUGUAUAGCACUUCCUACUACAGUAGCCCUGGUCACUAGGGGGUGCUGUUUUUACCUGGAUACAAGCGCAGUCUCCCGGGCUGCAGCUCGACUCUGUGACGGCCCCUCUUUCCCAGCUCGCUGUGCUGUCAAGUAGCAAAUAAAAACGACAGCUCAGAACUACUCCUGAGUCAACUCGCCGUUUAUACCUUCCUCUCUAUAAACACCAUCAGCUCUGUGCUGCUCCAUGACAGGAAACAAUAGGGCAGGGGAGGGGUGGUCUUCGGUUUCAGCAGCUUGUAACCAUAAACAAGUAAACAGAACAGCUGCGCUCACACUUGUGAAUGUACUGCCUGGAGGGUCCAGUAGAGGGCGUGAUGCUGGAAUACACUACAAGCAGCCCCAGAUGGAGGAUGGCCAGUGUCUGUGAAACAGGUUUCACUGAUCCCCAGCGAUGCCUGGCUGGUUUUCUCUAAGCUUUUCAAACAGGCAUGCCCCUGAGCAAGGUGUGUGUGUGUGUGUGUGAGUGUGUGAGUGAGGUGGUAGUGAGCGAUGUUUAGAAUGUGUAUUGUUACACUGACGGAGGGGAGGGGGGGGGGUUAUGUGGUGGUGCAGUCUGUCCUUGGUUCCUACUAAUGUGUUGCAUUCUUGUAUACUAUGUUGCCUGGAGCGUGAGGGGUUGGAUCAUAUAAUCAGUGUAUUGUGUAUAACCUUCCAAUAAAAAAAGCAUGGUGCCUACAGAACCGUUGUUGUUCUCGGACACAGUAAAUAUA